AUGUCGACGCCCUCGGAGCCUCCCCCAUCAUAUGCCGUGGCUACUGGUUCCUCCACCACAUCUGCUGCACCUAAAGCAUCAUCACAUCUUCAAGUGCCCAAGGACAGAAAUGGAAUCCCGGCGCUCGCGCGUCGGUCGAUGGAAGACCUCCAACGGCCGCUACCCCAAGGCUGGGUGAGGUCUUACGACCCAAAAGAGAACCACCAGUUCUUUGUCAACACCAAAGAAGAUCCUCCAAAGUCAUACUGGGAGCAUCCGCUCGACAUUCCCGAAGUCGUGCGGAGCUUGAGCAGUGAAGAGCGCGAAAGAUUGCAGGAGGAGGAAGACAAACUGCGAAAACAAUUCCCCCAUUCUGCAGACCACUCUGAGGACGAGGGUCACGCCAACGAGCCACCUCUUCCACCACGCCCCUCUAAUCAACAACGUCCCUCAACAUCCAAGGCUCCACAGAAGAAAACCUUUGGAGAAAAGCUCAAAGAUAAGGUGACCGGCACCACUCACGAGGAGCGCGUUCUCGAGCGAGCCAAACGAGAGGAAGAAGAGAGACAGUACUAUGAAGCACACCUGAAACUCCGCCAGGCAAUGCAGAAGGCUCAAAUGACUGGCCAGCCCCAAUUCUUUGCGAAGGACAAAGAUGGCAAAGACAUCUACAUCGAGCCUCCUGGUGGACCUGGAUACGGAUAUGGUGGAUAUGGACCUAGAGGCUACGGUAUCAAUCCGUAUGCCCAAGGCCCUUAUUCCAAUCCCAACGUCAGAGUUAUCCGACCUGGCUACCCCUACAAUCGUCCCUAUGGCCCAUACAGCGGUGGCGGUGCCGGUUUACCUAUUGCAGGAGGCUUACUGGGCGGCAUGCUUCUCGGAGGUUUACUGUUUUAA